AUGGAAAGCUCACAGGACGAGCAUGUGACAUCACCGAACGCCAGUUAUCAGCGGGACAUACGGUACAUCUUCAAGCCCGGUAGCUGGAUCCUCGGUCCAAUCGGCAUCUGGCCUAUUGCGAUUCGCGGAAUCGGGCAAUAUACAUCCAAGAUCGCGAUCGUCGUGUGUAAUUUUGCUUUAGCCUUCGCGAUAGUGCCCUGCAUUCUGCAUAUGAUCUACGAUCAAAAGGACCUCAACAUAAGACUGAAGCUCUUCGGGCUACUAGGCUUCUGCACUACCGCGAUGAUGAAGUAUUGCGUUCUCGCGAUACGUCGACCCAAAAUAUUACGCUGCAUCGAGCAUGUGAAGAGUGACUGGUGGCAGGCGAAAUUCAGCUCUGAUCGUGAAUUGAUGCUGAAGUACGCCACCACCGGUCGUAGACUAUCCAUGAUCAGCGCGACUUCCAUGUACAUUGCCGGCUUCAUUUAUCACACAAUUCUGCCGUUUUGCACCGAACACAAGGUCGACAAUCAAACCAUUAGACCACUCGUGUAUCCAACUUACAGUAAGUUUUUUAAGACGCAGGCGAGUCCAAUAUACGAAAUGGUGUAUUUGGCCCACUGUGUGUGCGGAUAUACCAUGUACUCAGUGACGGCCGGAUCGUGCGGAUUGGCAGCGAUAUUUGCCACUCACGCGUGUGGUCAGAUCGAGGUGAUCGUAUCUCGACUCGAGGAUCUUUCAUGUGGCAAAAAUUUCGAGCAAUUAUCGGACGUUGAUCAAAGAAUUGCUCUCAUUGUGAAAAGUCAUGUUCGAAUAUUAAGAUUUUCCGCCGCCGUGGAAGGAAUUCUACAGGAAGUAUGUUUACUAGAAUUCGCUAGUUCUAUAUUUACAAUGUGUUUGCCCGAAUAUUACUGCAUAGUGGAUUGGCAAGACAGCGAUGCAGUAGGGCUAACAACUUAUUUUCUGCUCUUUGUUUCAUUUUGCUUUAAUAUGUUCAUAUUAUGUUAUAUUGGAGAGCAACUCGUGGACAAGAGCAGUCAAAUUGGAACGAGAUGCUUCAUGAUACGUUGGUACCAACUGCCGGCAAAAUCAGUUCGCAGUCUAAUUUUAGUAAUUGCUAUGUCCAGUCAUCCUAUAAAGAUCAGUGCUGGCAGAAUGAUAGAUUUAUCACUAGCAACAUUCGGAAAUGUACUCAAAACAAGUCUGGCGUACUUGAGUUUUCUUCGAACAUUAGUAGUAUGA